ACAAAAUACAGCCCCCCUACGUUUUUUUCUCUAUGCAUCCCACCCUACCAUUUCAUUUUAGAUUCUAACCAUGUCUGCAAAUAUUCUAUAUGGGCUUGUAUAUAUUAUUAUACCCUUCUCUUUCAUCACUGUCAUGUUCAUAGUUAUACUACUGCUUUGCUAUUGCAGUGUUCACCCAUCCCUCCAAAUUCGCAACCUCGCAACUGCAGAACAAAAUGCAAUCACCCUCGAACUAGGCCUUCACGAAGCCACUCUAGACAAGUACCCAAAGCUCAUCUAUGCUCAAGCAAAGCUCCACAAGAACAAGGCCAACUCUACCGCAUCAUGUUGCUCAAUAUGCUUGGCUGAUUAUAAAGACACAGACGUGUUGCGGGAUUUACCAGAUUGUGGUCAUCUCUUUCAUCUUGAAUGUGUGGACUCAUGGUUAAAGCUGCAUGCUACAUGUCCGGUGUGUCGGAACUCGCCUCUAGCCAAGCCGGUGCCUUUGGAGGUGUCUCAUUAACGCCUUUUUUGUAGGUAUUUAUUAUAAAGUACUAUAAAUUUGUUUUGCACAGAUUCAUGUAUGUGGAUUGGUACUUUUAAGUUGGAUUUUGUGUGGCACAUUUUUUAUUCGAAUUCUUCUCUGUUAAUAAUU